AUGGGGAGGGCCAACUGCUCGGUUCCUCUCCUCCUGGUGCUGCUGGCCUUCCUCUCCUGCUUCUUCCUCGCCCACGGUUUGUACGGAUUGACCGAGCUUUUUGGCUCGCCGGACCUCUCGCCGGAGGCCAUCCUCCUCAUAUUUGCCUUGUCUUUUCUCGUCCUUGCAGCGGCGGUGGCCGGGGCCAGCGGCAACCGCAAGAUGUUCCUGCCGAGGGAGGGAGCGGCAGCCGCCGCCGGGUCCAACGAUGGUGGGCAGGCCAUGCUGACGACGGCGGAGGAGGUGGCGGUCGGAGGAGAGAUGCAUCUGCUGCUGAGCGACGACGAGGAGAUGUUGGCCAGAAGGGUGGACCUGCAGACACAGGACUACCCGGGGUCCGGGGCCAACGGCCGCCAUGAUCCACGAAACCCGCAUUAA